ACACACGGCUCAGCGCCAGUUCCCAGCUGCAUUCCCCGCCCCGUUUCGGUGAUUGAUUUGCCUCAGACCAAUCAUUUCACGGCACCCUCUUACGCCUGUGCAUAUUUUAUUGAUUGACGAAUACAUUAACCAAUUGGAGUCACGCGAAGGCUUGGCCAGGAAGGUCGGAUAAUGGCUACCUAAGCGGGACUUACUUUGUUUAUAACGCGGCGCACAGACCUGCCAUAUCGUUUUGUUUUGUUAAAUGAAGUACGGACAUCGCAGCGUCUUAAACCUUCUCUGCAGAAAAUCCUGGGUCUGAACCUUGGCGCGCCGGCGAACACCGCGGACGGGGAUGACUUAGCCCGCUCACCGACGGAGGCGAACGCCCGCGGUGCGCCGUUAGAAGGAUGAGCUCCGUCUGGGACCUCGCCGUCUCCUCUCCUUCUGUCAGCAGUCCCGGAGCGUCAUCUUCCCGAGCCUUGCAUGUGGAGCUCACCUCGCAGCAGGUAGGAUCCGGCACCGAGCCUGGUCACAUCAGCGGAUUCCGUGUCACAUGUCAUUGCCAGAGCAGCCCGAGACGUCUGCGUCACCUGCGAAGCAUUGCAGCGCGGAACAUUGUGAACCGAAACGACUCUCCCCUCCUUGACACCUACUUCACGCUGCACUUGUGUCUGGAUGACCGCAUAUGCAGAGACUUUUACCGCAGUGAGGUGAUCCGAGACUCUCUGAACCCGACAUGGCGGAGCCUGGACUUUGCCAUGCUGCCGGAGCUGCUGGACACUUCGGUGUCGUGUUUUGUGGUGCGGAUCUGGGGCGGCAGGUCUGAGCAGUACCAGCUGCUCAUAGAGUGGAAGGUCAACCUGGAUGGCCUACGCUACACAGGACAGCAGAUCCGGUCCAGGUAUCCGAACGAGAUCAUAUUUGGACUAAAUGAUGGCUACUACACAGCCGACUUUGAUCUGAAGGACAACUCGGAGCGAAAGAAAAGCAUGCUGCAGGUUGACCAGAGCUCUGUGAGAAACUCCUACAGCGUCUUCUCUCUCCUGAGACUACACACAGCCCAGAGGGUAAUCAAACAGACGCAGGUCACGGUGCAAAACAUCGGCAAAGAGAUCGAAGAGAAACUGCGGGCGACGGCCAACUCCACGGACCGGAAGAAGGCACAGGAGGGCAUGCGCUUGCGUAUAGACGUACUGCGCAGCGAGCUGGAGAGGCAGAAGAAGGCUCUGGUGAAGGAGAGGGACACCCUGCAGAAGGAGAGAGCCCUGCUCCAGAGGAAAGAGGAGGUGUUCUCCACCAAGCGCCAGAGGCUGGAGGAGGAGCGGAACUCUCUAGCAGACUUGCAGAAGGAGUGCACCGCCAAACGAGAAGUGUUUCUGAAGUCAAAGGCCCAACUCACCUUUCGCUGUCGUCAGCUGCUGUCAGAGCUCUCGUACAUCUACCCCAUUGAUGUGAACCAUCAGUCAGACUACGUGAUCUGUGGUGUGAAACUGCCAAACUCCGAAGACUUUCAAGCAAAGGAUGACGGAAGCGUGGCGGUUGCCCUGGGCUACACGGCUCACCUGGUGCUGAUGAUUUCCUGCUUCCUGCAGAUCCCCCUCAGGUAUCCCAUCAUCCAGCGGGGCUCUCGCUCGUCCGUCCGAGACACCAUUACCGACAAGCUGAUGGAGAAGGAGAGAGAGUUCCCUCUGUACUCACGGGGAGAGCGCUUUCACUUUGAAUAUGGCGUUUACCUGCUCAACAAGAACAUCGCUCAGCUUCGAUACCAGCACGGACUCUCAACUCCAGACCUGCGUCAGACUCUGCCAAACCUGAAGAACUUUCUAGAACACGGAUUACUGGUGAGAUGUGAUCGCCACCAUGUCUCCAGUGCGAUUCCAGUCCCGUCGAAGACUCACCUGAGCGUUUCCGCCGUGUCAGAGGAGGGCGUUCCAGCCUCUCCGGUCCGAGGACCCCGUAAGAGAGCGAGCUCCGAGGCUGACAAGCAGAGAUACAAAACACCUCCACCGAGCUACGACACAGUCUCAGCCCAGCCCUGUCCCCGAGCUGCCUCGGAGGCUCCGCCCACACAGGCUGCCUUCCUCCCGCUAGACAUAAAAACUGACGAGGGGCAGGCGAGUGGGCCACUGGAGGGCGGGGCAGGGGCGGGGCCUCAGACGGAGGAUGCAGUCGAGACCGAUGUGGGCCAGAGUGGGGAAACCACCCAAGCCCCUGCGAGUUCAGACUGCCUCCCCAACGCAGGUCCCUCAGAGGAGACCCCAGCCAUCCAGCACCCAGGCACUGUGAACGGGUCGGCCGUGCCUGAAGAGGCUGUGGUUCUGGGUGGUGUGGGCACGGUUACGGCCAGCACUGAGGUUUGCUGUUCUGUGGAACAGGCAGAGGAGAUCAUGGGCACUGAGGCCACAGGGCUGGGGUUGGGGCUGGGGUUGGGGUUGGGGUUGGGGUUGGGUGGAGGGGCUCGCCUGGAGGACUUUCCCUGCAUUCCUGUGGACCACGCCGUGGCCGUGGAGAGCGACGACCAGGUCCUUGGAGAGUUGGAUGUGGCUGGCUUCGAGGAGUUCUCCCGACGCAUCUAUGCACUGAAUGAGAACAUGUCCAGCUUCAGACGCCCCCGGAAAAACUCCGACAAGUGACCAAGACCCGUAGUAUGGACCUGAGGACGUGGAGGUGAAAGGUCUCUGGAUAGGCCUGACCUUCAUAAGUCCUCCCCAUGACAGCAUUGAACAUAGACAUUGCAUAAAGAGAAAUAUUCUUAUUAUUAUUAUUAUAAUAAUAAUUAUUAGGAAAUAUCUGGAAUAUUGACCGAUUUGCACUUCUCCGAGCGUUUCUAUAACCAUUUCAAACAAAAUAAAGCGAAUGUUUGUGGUUGAACUGCAUGGCAGCUGCUUUUCUGUGAGUACCAGGCAGUACUGGCCAGCAUAGGCUGCUUUUCUCUGGGACCACCAGAGGUCACAGGUUAAACCCCCACCACUGGACCACGGGAGCGGGAGACCAGCGCACAGGCGGAGAGCGUCUCCGAUAGAACCGGUUUCAGACACACACACACACACAAAUACGCCUGCGCUAAAUGAUCAGACUUGCUGGCCUGACUGAACUGUGUUGUGGAAUCAUAAAGUGCAAGCGUUCUAGAGCGAGGGGACCAGUGCGGCGUGGCGGGGAGGGGCCGGAGGGGAGCCUCUGCCGAGGGAGUAACAUUAUCAUCUCUGGUAGAAAUGGAGAGAGGUUUUCCUCCACAUCAGCAGUGCCAUUUGGAGCUCGAUGAUUGGCCCAGCUGAGGACCUCGCUGUCCCUCUGAUGUCUGCUUCACCUCCUGCAGCAGAUGCUCACCCGUUCGUCAAAGGCUGUAUUAUCGUCCGCUCAUAUGGGUUCUAUUUAAAAAUGAACGCUAGAAAAAGUGCUUUCCAUUUGCAGUGACGAUGUCUAUUUCCUUUUAUAUAGAAGGUGUUUUGUUAUUAAAGACCACAGAUGAAUCGAA